GUUUCCCUUCUGAUAGUCUCGGUGGUCGUAGUUGCUUUUGUUCUCGCGAUAUUUCCGGGUGAACGGGAGCCCGGGCGACCCGGGCUUCUGUGAAACAUGGCGGUCGGCUGGGACCGAAACACAAGCAUGACUAUAUGAAAGAAGAAGGUUUUUCUGAAGAUGAGGCGACUGAAUCGGAAAAAAACCUUAAGUUUGGUGAAAGAGUUGGAUGCCUUUCCAAAGGUUCCUGAGAGCUAUGUAGAGACUUCAGCCAGUGGGGGUACAGUUUCUCUAAUAGCAUUUACCACUAUGGCUUUAUUAACCAUAAUGGAAUUCUCAGUAUAUCAAGAUACAUGGAUGAAAUACGAAUAUGAAGUAGACAAAGAUUUUUCUAGCAAAUUGAGAAUCAACAUAGAUAUUACUGUUGCCAUGAAGUGUCAGUAUGUUGGAGCAGAUGUAUUGGAUUUAGCAGAAACAAUGGUUGCAUCUGCAAAUGGUCUAGUUUAUGAACCAGUCAUAUUUGAUCUUUCACCACAGCAAAAAGAGUGGCAGAGGAUGCUGCAGCUGAUUCAGAGUAGACUGCAAGAAGAACAUUCACUUCAAGAUGUGUUAUUUAAAAGUGCUUUUAAAAGUUCAACAGCACUUCCACCAAGGGAAGAUGAUCCAUCACAGCCUCCAGAUGCUUGCAGAAUUCAUGGUCAUCUGUAUGUCAAUAAAGUAGCAGGGAACUUUCACAUUACUGUGGGCAAGGCAAUUCCACAUCCCCGAGGUCAUGCACAUUUGGCAGCACUUGUCAACCAUGACUCAUACAACUUUUCUCACAGAAUAGAUCAUUUGUCUUUUGGAGAGCUUGUUCCAGGAAUUGUUAAUCCUCUAGACGGAACUGAAAAAAUUGCUGUAGAUCACAACCGGAUGUUCCAGUAUUUCAUUACAGUUGUGCCAACAAAACUACAUACAUAUAAAAUUUCAGCAGAUACCCAUCAGUUUUCUGUGACAGAAAGGGAGCGCGUUGUUAACCAUGCUGCAGGCAGCCACGGAGUCUCUGGGAUAUUUAUGAAAUACGAUCUCAGUUCUCUUAUGGUGACAGUUACUGAAGAGCAUAUGCCAUUCUGGCAGUUUUUUGUAAGACUCUGUGGUAUUGUCGGAGGAAUCUUUUCAACAACAGGCAUGUUACAUGGAAUUGGAAAAUUUAUAGUUGAGAUAAUUUACUGUCGUUUCAGACUUGGAUCCCACAAACCCGUCAGCUCUGUCCCCUUUGAGGAUGGCCACACAAACAACCACUUACCUCUUUUAGAAAAUAAUACACAUUAGCAUCUCCCAGAUGAAGGAGAAAAACUUUUUGCCUGAGAUAUAAAACCUUUUUUUAAUAAGAAAAUAUUGUGCAAUAUAUUCAAAAGAAAAAAUAUGAAUAAGAAGCAGGAUUCAUACCUAGGAAAAACAAAGAAAACGGAAACUGAAAUCCUAUAUAUGUUGUGUCUGUUACAAAUGUCUUAGAAGAAAUUAUGCAGCUAAUCAGUGAAGAAGCCCAGCUGGAAUAUUGCUUUGAAGACGACCCUUCCUGAUAUUUUCAUAGCAAAUGGGCUGUUUUGAAAUCAGACCUUGAAGACCUAAAGGAAAGAAGUCAAACCGCGUCUAAAGAAAAAGGCAUUAAUAGUGCUAAUGUCUGCGUCCUUUUGUUUUUAAAAUACCGUGUCAGAAUAAAAUAUGUAAAACAUAUGGAAAACUAGUCUAGACUUUAAAAAGUUGUGAUCAGGUCACAUUGUUAAUAGAGGCAAACAGGGAUGGGCUCACGUGCUGUAGCCAUAUUAAUGUUAAGCCAUAAUGACAAGACCGUUUAUCCAGUAACUUGGUUUUAUGAAGGUAACUGCUUUUCUUUAAACUCUGGCUAUUGACUUUGUUAACUUUUCAAGGCAGGGUCAUGGAAGACUGAGGUGAAUUCUUAGAGGGGCAGGUAUAUAGGUGCUAUAAUAUGUAACAGAAAUCAUUCACAAAUUGUAUAGUGGGCACUUAUAUGGGGAGAAGAAAGCACAUUUUUUAAAAACCUGCUAAAUUUCCUAAUAUGAUCCUUAUAUUGUUGGUAUAUUUUGGAGUGGGGGGUGAGUAAUAAAAAGAUCCACUACUGAUGAUGAAAAUUAUCAGUUUGUAAAAUAUUAAGAGGAAAAGUAGAAUAUUUUAUACAUUUUGUGGUGAGCAGGCAACAGGGUAACUGUAAGUAAAACAGAAGUGUGAGACAACUAUUUAAGGAAAACAAGAUGUCAUUGGGAGAUGAUCAUAUUAAACGAUGUCCAUUACACUGUAAAAUGAUGGGAGAAGUGUCUGCAUUCAGACUGUCCUGAAUGUGGUAGACUGUGUAUUAGAUUGUGUUGUUCUGGCUUUCGUACUAUUUAAGGCUUGAUUUAAAAUUUUCAGACUAUAAAAGAUUAAAAAUAAUAAGGGAGAUAUCACUCAGGUGCCAUUAAAAACUUCUUUGGAAUGUGUGUGCCAACAUCAGUUUUCCUUUUGUAAUACUUAAUAGUAGAAGAGUCACCAACCCAUCUCCAUGUUUUAAAUCACUUAGGGAAGUGAGACAAAAACUCCGGGUAAGGAACAAGGCCAAGACUGAAAAACUAGAUUUAAAAUCAUGGUUUUUAGAGAACAGGCUGUCACAGUUACAGUUUUUCAAGUGGAUUUUUUUGAAGGUUAAAAAAGUUUUUUUGAAAACAGUUGGGACAGUAAUGUAGUGAGAGGAGAAAUACUGGUAAACCUACUUUGCAGUAAAGCUUACACUGAAUGAUAUUUUGCUGAAAAUAACAGAAGCAUCAAUGUUUAAAAUACACAUUUUAUCAUUAGGAGCCACAGAGUUAACUGAUUAAUACAGGUGAUAUAACAUGCUUUGAAAGAUAUUUGAAUCCAGAAAAUUUCAAAACAAUCCAUGUAUUUUUUUGUUUCUUCAGAUAUUCCUAAUGAAGUUAGAGUAGGAACUAAUAGAACAUGUCUCAAAAGGAAUUUCAGCUGGAGAGAAUUAGAAUUUUAGCUAUUUUUAGACUGAAUUUUGGUUUUGUAAAUCUGCUUGUCAGAAAGUUCAAUGAAAUUUCGGGGUGUUUUUUUAGGGAAGGAAAAACAAGAAUGAUUUAGAAUUAUUUUCUUACUGUUAGGAUUAUGACAGGUAUCUUUAAGAAUUUUAAAAAUUAUUUUGGUAUUUAUAUAUAUAUUUAUUUUCAUGUUUUCCAAAUACCAUAUUGAAAUUUUAAUGAAAUUAAUCUGUCCCAUUAAAACUACAAAAGGAAUUUCUUAAAGCAAAAUUCAGCUUUGCUAUUGAUUUUUAUUUUAAAAGUUAAAGGUUUCCAGCUAAAAUUCCUUGAACAGCAAGAUCAGAUUUUUGGCAAUCAAUACAUAAGAUUCUGACCAGCCCUUUGGAUGAUGGAUGAGGGAGUAUAUUCAGAUUUGUUACGUGUUUUGAUCUCACCAAGUGUUUCUUUUCAAUUGCAGAGGACACUGUACUGACCUACCUUCCUAUUAGGCACUUUGGCUGGUGCCUGGGGUGCCUUCAGUAGGAUAUCUAACUUUACUAACUCAGUCUUGCUUUUUAUUUUAUUAAGCUAUUCAUAUUAUCUACAUGUAUAUACUUCAGCCUAAAUAUUUUAAAAACUGAGACCUCAAGUUACAUGAAAAUUUUUAAAAAUGUAUUUGCAUUCAUUGGCCAAUAAGAAGAGGUGAAAUAUUUAGGUGAAUAAUUUUCUGCUGCAAUAUUCGUAUGCUUCAGACUACCUCUUGGUAAAGGCUUAACUCAAUACUAGAGUCACAAAAUUCUAACUUCCAACUUAGGUGAUUAAUAUCAUACUUUUCUCAUACAUUUUAUGAUACAAAGCACUGAAUUUUUAUAAUAAAUUUACAAGUGCAAGCAAAAUUUAUAAUUAAUACAAACUUUGGAAUUCACAAAGAAAAAAGAUUUCUUUUUAAUGGUGUUGUGGGAGGGCAAUAUUAUACAGUCUGUCUUUAUAUCUUAGGUUAAUAAUUUAGUCCCAAAAAGUAAAUUUACAUGCAACAUCCUUGCCUUAAAAUUCAAAACUUUGGAUCUUGAACCUGAAUUCAAGAUGCAUAUUUUUUGUUGUUUAAAAUUUACUUACACCUGAGCCUUAGGACCUUACAAAUUUCACCAUGCCCUUUAACCUGUACUUCCCCUUGUAUUCAGAGCUCUAGCAAACUUUUGGUAAGCCAAAGGGGAUUGCCCUUGGCCAGCACUGUUUAAAAGAGAUCACCAUUUCUUCACACCUUGCUGCCUGAAUUAAUAUCCAACUAGGUCCUUACAGUUUUUUUCCCCUUUUGAAAUAUUUCUUCAGUGAUGAAAACACUUUGCAUUAUUUUAAGAGUAGGAAACAAACCACCUUGGAGUUUGGUGUUUUUUGUUCAAAGAACAAAAUCCACUUGUUUAGUGUCAGUCUUGGGCAUAUGGACUCUAAAUGAAAUGACACAUCGUAAAGCAAUGUCUUUGUCCUUCCACAGUCUAGUGUCCACAAUGAAGCCUCAGUUCCUCAUGUUUGCGCUUUCCCAGCCCAGGAAAACUAUAGUAGUCUUUAAAUAUCACUUAUUUAUAUUUGCUUUUGUCCAGAUGAAGCAAUCUCGUAAUUUAAAUUAUGAGAUUGGAUUUACUUUAUUUUUUUCUUGUUAGAUAUAAAUGCAUGAUUUAAAUUGAACAGUUGAUGCAAGUCUGUAAAUCAGUAGAGUUGAAGAUUAUAAUCAGCAAAACAUUUAAAUAGUUUUUUUAGCAACUCCAAAUUGUAUGGGAUACUUACUAACCCUCAGCUAAUAUAACAAUGGAGAAAACAAAACUCUUCCCCUAUGAUCAGGACCAAGACAAGGAUGCCCACCCUCACCAGUUUCAUUCAGCAUGGCAUUGGAAGUUCUCAGCAAAGCAAGUAGACAAGAAAAAGAAAUAAAGGCGUCCAGAUUAAAAAGGGAAAGUAAAACUCAUUAUUUUCAGAGGAAUGUUUAUCUGAAGGAAUUAGAUCAACAGCUCCUCAAAAUAUAACUCACACCAUAUUGUCUAAUUUUAGGUAAAACUUAAAAAAAUGAGAAGGUGUGGGGGAAAGUAUCCAUUAAUGAAGCUACAUAUUGUACUAAAGCAGACGUUCAGCAACAACUUAGAUAAACUAUAUAAUAAAUAUUUUAUAAAUUGCUCUCUACUUUCAAGCAGUUAUACUAAUGUGUAAAUCAGUUGAUUAUGUACUAAAGUAUGGGCAUACUAAAAAUAUUUGUGUAUCAGAAGAGUUGUUUCUAGCUAUUUAAACUCAAUUUCAAUUAUCCUUUCUUUGCCUUAUGUAGCUACACUUCACAGGGUACUCCCUUCUGAUAAGCAAAUUACAUCUUAAAACUGGCAAUUGCCAGUUUCAUUAACCUUUAAAAUACACACACACACACACACACACACACACUAAUCUAGGCAGUGAACAUGUUUCCAAGCAUUGUGUGGGCAUAGGAAACAACCAUACUUUUUUCUAUAGGUAGUUGCUUAUGUUUCCGUACAUCAGACUUGCAGUUCUAGAAAAAUAGCCAUGUGGAAAUUUGCAUGUGAUUCUUCUGAACUUUGGAAAAUAUUGAUGCUUUUGGAAGGUUAAGGCCGACCUGUUAAGGUCAUUGUGAGAUAAAACACUAUUUGGGUAUUAGUCCCUCAGAUCAGUCUGUUUACCUUGGGAUUCUAAGUCAGUUAAUUGUUUACUGAAAAUGAUGAUGUUACAUUAAUAUAAAAUUGUGAGAAGUGUUUUUCUCAGUUGUGGGCCCAUCUACCUCAACUUUUUCUAGUAUCAAUUGCUUCAGGUGGUGGCUGUCUUCAACUCGGUAGUAUUUAUUACCGCAUCAGGUGUCUAGUGAGUACAGAAUAUAGGGAUUACUGAAACUUCUUUUUAAACAUAGAUACCUUUCCUUUCUGUUACUUGCCAUUCCUUCCCCCCCAAAGUAGAAGGUUCUUUCUCAUUGCACGUAGGCACUCAAAUCCUUGUUAAUUGGUCUUGAUUAAAAUAAUUUCUUUCAUACAGACACCUAUCCACUGUCACUGCUUAAUCACAAGAGAAUUUUCUUCAUGUCAUUUCUUUAAUGCCGCGGAUAGAACAUGCUUCAGCAUGUAAACACAACCCUAUUAAUGGUGUGAGAAAAAGUGAAGUGUUAUAUGCCUAUGUGUUAAUUUAUAUUAGCCUGGUAGGUUCUUUGAAAGAUAAUAGCCUUUUUUCUCAGUGGGAUGGAGAUCCACAGUAGUCAGCAGUUAAAGAUAAAACACAGGAAGAGAGACAUUUUUAAUGCAAAUUUUUAUUUAAUCAAAAGCCAAAAUGAAUACUUGAUCAGUGCAAUUUAUUCAAUUAGGGAAACAAUAAUCAAAAAAUAAUAAAUUCUUAGAACUAUUAUGUUUUAUCCAAUCUCAUUGAAUUGUAUAUCUUGAUUUCAUUUUUACCAUACCUAGUUUGUAUCUUUUAUCAGUGUAACUCAAAAAUAGACAUCUCAAGUUGAAGAUCA